AUGAAUAUCAAUCAACCUCUUGGUGGGCGAGGCCUAGCCAUUCCUUUCACCAAGGCUGCCAACCCCAACAAUGAUCUUGAUGAUCAGGACCUACGUCUACCCUUCAUUCAUCGUAUUCCGGACAACAUCAGAAACCACUUUAUCGCCAUGUGUGGUGAAUUUGUCGGGACUGUGCUCUUCCUCUUCUUUGCUCUGUCCGGUGCUCAGGUCGCAAACAGUGUCAACACAUCGAGUGGCCAGUCCAUCGAGCAGGUUGGUAGCAAUCCUCAACAGCUACAAUACAUCGCUCUCAGUUUCGGAUUUUCUCUGGCUGUCAAUGCUUGGGUUUUCUUCCGUAUCAGUGGUGGCCUCUUCAACCCUGCUGUUACCUUUGGCAUGUGUCUAAUCGGUGCACUUCCCUGGGUUCGUGGUGCUCUGUUGUUCAUCACCCAGAUCCUAGGUGGCAUGAGCGCUGCUGCUCUAGUAUCAUGCAUGUUCCCUGGAUACCUCAACGUCCGCACUACUCUCGGCGGAGGUACAUCUAUCGUUCAGGGCCUUUUCAUUGAGAUGUUCCUGACCGCACAGCUUGUCUUUACCAUCUUCAUGUUGGCUGCCGAAAAGCACAAGGGUACAUUCAUCGCCCCUGUCGGUAUCGGUCUUUCGCUUUUCAUUGCCGAACUCACUGGAGUUUUCUUCACCGGCGGCAGUCUCAAUCCUGCUAGAUCGUUCGGACCCGCUGUCGUAGACCUCCACUUUGAAGGCUACCACUGGAUAUACUGGCUUGGCCCAAUCCUAGGCUCCAUCGUCGCGGCCGGUUUCUAUAAAUUCAUUAAAAUCCUGGAAUACGAGACUGCAAACCCUGGACAAGAUAUGGAUCAUGCAGCCAAGGUCGAGAAGAGAAAGAAUUUGCUGAUGGCUGCUGGUAUCAACGAAACCGAUGCUCACCACGUCGCAAACGAACUCCAGACCAAUCAAAUCGUGACCGAAAAGGGCGGACCAGAUGGUGCGGUUGUGGCCAAUGGUCAAGGCCGUCGCAACUCUGGUGAAGACACCGCCAUGUACGGUACCGGAUUCCGCUCAAACUCACAUCAACACACGGGCUCUACCAGCUCAGGAGAGACCGCUGUUGUUCGAAGACCUCAGGCUGUGACCACUGGAAGCCAGCUCGGUCGUUUCAGCUACCUUGGUCGUGCCGGUGUCCACCAAUCCAGAAUGAACAGCGUUGCCAAUGAGCCGAGAUUGGAAAGUCCGGCUAUGGCAACAAAUGAGGAGCUCUAUGCUCCUCUAGCUGCAGGUGGUGAUGAACCGCUUGGUGGCUUGGUCGCAGACCACGACCCUAGAUACCGCUACUCCAGAACCAUUAGCAGUGGUGUCUAG